CGCCGCCGCCGCGCCGAGCCCCGCGCCCCGCGCCCCGCGCCCGCGCCCGCGCCCACGCCCCUGCCCCUGGGUGUCGCCCGAAGCCGCGCCAUCGCUCGAGGUCGCCGCUGGAGCCGCCGCAGCCGCGCCCGGGCCUGCCUUUGAGACAACCUCUGCGGCGGCGGCGGCGCGCGGCCCGCGGACGCCAGGCUGGGGCAGCUCGGGCCUGCUUCAGGCCUCUCCGCCGCCGCCGCCGCGGAGCCUGCAGCCCGGGCCCUCCCGCAGCCGCCGCCGCCGCCGCCGCUCCGGCUAGCUGCCUUCCCUGGGCGCCCUGUCCUGGAGUCAUGGGGCCCACCUAGCCCCUGCCCGCCUCGAUGUCCCCGCCCGCGGACUGCUGACCUCGGCUGCAGGGGGAGAACCCCCCACGCCCCCCGCCCAGCCCCGGCGGCCAGAGACCCUGGGUGAGCCCCUGGGUGCGACCCGCGGCCCAGGACAGCCCCCUGCCGGCCCCUGCCCCUGCCUGCCGCCCCCGCCUCUCCCUCCUGCCCCUAGGACUGGACCAGAGAGGCCACUGUGGCCCCUGGGGGGGGCCCUGCCCUCCCAGCUCGCGCCAGCCGCCCCCAGGGGUCCGCCCCGGGCCUGGCUGGACCAGGAUGCUGCCUGGCCCCAGCCAACGCCCGCGCCCACCCGAACGCGCCGUCUGAGCGGGGACAGCCCGAUGCCGGCUGAGCCCGGGCCCGAGGUGGGCAGUGGCUGGCCGGGCCUGCUCAUGUCCUGCCUGAGGGGUCCCCACGUCAUCCUCAAGAUGGAAGCCAUGAAGGUCGUGCACCCCGAGAAGUUCCCCGAGCUGCCGGCAGCCGCGCCCUGCUUCCCCGCGGCGCCGCGGCCCGCCCCCGCGCUGGCCCCCAAGCGGGCCUGGCCCUCCGACACCGAGAUCAUCGUCAACCAGGCGUGCGGGGGCGACGCGCCGGCCCUGGACGGGGCGCCCCGCACUCCGCCCCCGCCGCGGCGGCCCCGCAAGGGCAGCGUGGAGCUGGGCUUCCCGCGCGUGGCGCCGGCGGACGAGGUCAUCGUGAACCAGUACGUGGUGCGGCCGGGCCCCGCGGCGGCCGCGGCGGCCUCGGCGGCCGGCGAGCCGCUGCAGUGCCCCACGUGCGGGCACACGUACAAUGCCACGCAGCGGCGGCCGCGCGUGCUCUCGUGCCUGCACUCGGUGUGCGAGCAGUGCCUGCAGAUCCUGUACGAGUCGUGCCCCAAGUACAAGUUCAUCUCCUGCCCCACGUGCCGCCGCGAGACUGUGCUCUUCACCGACUACGGCCUGGCCGCGCUGGCGGUCAACACGUCCAUCCUGAGCCGCCUGCCGCCCGAGGCGCUCACCGCGCCGGCCGGGGGCCAGUGGGGCGGCGAGCCGGAGGGCAGCUGCUACCAGAGCUUCCGGCAGUACUGCGGGGCCGCCUGCACCUGCCACGUGCGGAACCCGCUGUCCGCCUGCUCCAUCAUGUAGCGCCCGCCUGCCCGCCACCCCCCUCCCCCGGCAGUCCCUGCUCGCUGCUGCCUCGGGGCCUGGCCCUGCCCUGCCGCCGCCGCCCCUUCCUCGCCCACCAUGGCUUCUGGCCCACCCCGCGUGGCACUGUCACUUCAGCCAACUUUGCCAUUAAAACUGCCAAAGUUUGCACCUGU